CCCUCAUAACUAGUUAUAUUAUCAGUUGCCAGAAUCUGCCUGCAAUGCACAGAAACUGCUUAUAGAAGCCACUAAUUAAUGAGAGUCUUAAUCUUAAACCACGUGGUUAAAUCUGGAAACACCCUUUUGCUCUGUACAUGUUUAAUUGGCUCGUUAUUAAGAUCAAAAUCUUCAUAAAUUUGUAGGUAACCAAACCCUUUCUGCUAUAAAGAAAUACAAAGAAAACAAGUGCCCCACCCUCUAUCUGUCCUCCUAACACCCUAAACAUCUCUUGCUCUAUAUACCCUUCUAAUUUUAUUAGCUGAAGCCUGAAACAUCGGAUUAUUUCCUUCCUCAAUUGAUCUCCAUGACUAAGAUUAGGAAGAUCUUCACCUUUCUGCUAAGGCUGCUAGCUUUGGCUGCAACUCUGUCUGCCACCAUAGUUAUGGUCACAAGCCAUGACUCUGCCAAUGUCUUGAACUUAACAUUCAAGGCCAAAUACAGCAAUUCGCCUGCUUUCAUGUACUUUGUGAUUGUGGAAGCAAUUGUAAGUGGAUACAACCUUAUGAUUCUGUUUCUUGCUUCAAAGGGUUCGCUUUGGCGCAUGGUCAUCAUUCUAGAUGUGGUUGUGGCUUUGUUACUUACUUCAAGCAUGUCAGCAGCCUUGGCAAUAGCUCAAGUGGGCAAGAAAGGGAACACUCAUGCUGGCUGGCUGCCCAUCUGUGGACAAGUCCACAAGUUCUGCAAUCAUGUAACAGGAGCUCUUGUUGCUGGCAUCAUUGCAGCAACAUUAUAUUUUCUGCUUAUUCUCUACACUCUUUACACUGUUCUCAAUCCUCUGUUUGUUGUAAAACCUUAAUUUUGUUGUUUUCAUUUGAUCUUUCCCCAGUGUAAAAAAAAAAGAAAAAAAGUUGAACGUAAUAUGCUCUAGUGUUCAGUACCUGAAGGACUGUUUGGAUGAAUGGAAAAGUCUUUUUC